UUUCAUUUGCCUACUUAUGUCGGAAGAGUACAAGUCGGUCUCUAUUAAGGUCGUCCUUAUUGGAGACUCAGGGGUUGGGAAAACCACUCUGGUGAACAGAUAUGUAAUGGACACAUUCGAUCCCUUCGAGCCUCCCACUCUUUCAGGCGGAUUUAGGACGAAAGAGGUAGUUAUAGAGGAACUUCAAACUAAAGUUUCGCUACAAAUAUGGGAUACAGCUGGCCAAGAGAGGUUCAAAUCUUUAGUAGAGAAUUAUUACAAAAAUGCUCAAUUCGCCAUCGUGUGAUACGAUAUCACUAUCGAUGAAAGUUUUGACUCUGCAAGGAAUUGGAUAGAAGAAGUCAAGGAAAAAGCUCCCGAUGACGUUCAAUUUUAUAUCUGAGGAACCAAGAGUGAUCUUAAUGAUCAAAGAGCCAUUCAACUCGUGAACGGGAUUAAGCUGGCUAAGGAGUAUAAUGCUCUCUUUGGAGAAACUUCAGCAAAGAAAAGCAUUGGAGUAAAUGAAGCAUUUGAACAAAUUGCGAGGAAUUAUGUUGAAAAUAAUGAAAAUAAUUUCGGGGCUGACGAGAGAAGGGAGACAGUACAACUAGAUAGCAAAAAGAAGAAAAAACGGUCAGGGAAAAAGAAAUGGUGUUAA